ACUUUCGUUUCAAAUUAGAAGCUGCGCAAGACUGAGUUCCGGUUGUUUUGCUACACUGUAAAGGUUUUUCACAGCCAUGAAAGUACUUCUAGUUGUUGCAGCGGUCGCCCUGAUUCAAAGCAGUUAUGCUGCUUUGCUCAUUAAAGGGCCAACCGAGCCGGUUCUGGAGGGAGAUCUUGUCACACUGGAGUGUCUGUACACAGACUCUGAACACAACAUCAGUGAGGUCCACUUUGAGGUGUUCUCCAAGUACAUGCAGGGCUGGCGUUCGAUUUGGGAACGAUCUUGGUGCUACUAUUCGAUGCAGAUCGAGCAGUUGUCUGACAGGCUCGUCCUUCUAAUUCCCCGUGCAGGGAGGUACUAUGAGGGGCCCUACCGCUGUGUUUCCGACACCGAUAACGUGACUGCGCCAGACAACUCCUCCCAGCCGCUGGUCAUCAAAGUGCAUUAUAUGGGAGAGCUGUCGCUGACCAGGGAAGGCUACACCAGCUACCUGGGUGUCUCACAGGAGCUGAAAGUGCGAGCAGGGGAUGACGUGGUGGUGAAGUGCUCUGCCAGCUCAUCAGAGCAGCCGAGCUUCUACUGGCAAAAAGAGGGUGAUGACUGGAUCCUACCUUCCUCUACGCUGACGCUGAGGAAGGUGAGCCCAAUGAAUGGAGGGCAGUACACCUGCAUGGCCGAGCACCCCUCUGUGGAGUCACUCAACAAGAAACGCACCAUCAGCAUCACUGUGCUGCCUGAGGAUGCCCCCUGGUAUGAGUCUAGUAAUGGCCGUCUCACGUUGAUGACCUCGGCAGCGGCUGCUGCUCUCUUGGUGCUCAUCCUCUCAAUGAGUGUAUUCCUGUGCUUCAGGGCCAAGCAGACCAAGACCAGCAAGGGACCCAUUGAUGACAAGUCUCAGAAGAAGCCCAUCUACAAAUCCAGUGUGGAGUCCCUGCCCUCCACCUGUGGAGACAAACAGCCUCUGGUGUGACCGCAUAGCCAGGUGGCAGGAUGAAGAGGGGGAAGGAAGAUGGAGUGAGAGAUGAGGAAUAUGGAAUGGGUGGUCAGAAAAUGAAGGAUGGCAUUGAAGGGAUACUUAAAGACGGAGGAGAUGGUAUAGGGUUAUAGAUGGUCACAUUGGGGGAGAGGAGAGGGAGGAAAGGAGGGAGGCAAAGAGGAGUAUUGGGAGACUGCAGGGAGAGCAAAAUCGAAAUCAGUAACAAGCAGGAUGUAAAAAAAAAAAAACAAAAAAAAAACCUGAAGGGCAAAUGAUUGCUUUAGAGACAUAGAAGCUGCUUUGCUUGUGGGUGUAGCCUGCAGUUAUGCGUCUUGUACAAAAAGGUGGGCAAUUUUCUCUUCAUUUAUUCUGCAGUGUGGAAAGUGGUGAGCUACAUUCUUAGCAAAACCUUGGGGGAUGAGUCCUGUGUACUGUAAAAGCUGUAAAGACUCCACAAGCAAUUUUCUCCUCUCAGUUGCAAGCAUAAUUGCUCAGCUGUACAUUAUGAAUGAACCAUUUGGGUGAUAGGACAAGGUUUUAUUUUGUUGAUUUCCUUCCCUUUCAGUCUUUUUUCCAAAGCAGUACCAGCUCAAAGCAUUUGUGAGAAGGUUUUGUUAUAAUCUCUUUACUGUGACAGCUCUCAAGCACAUAGCACUUCACUAUUUAAUUUACUGUACUUUGGAUUUCUUUUAUAUUAAAUUGCUUUGAAGAAAUAUGA